AUGGAGAACUGCUCUACUGCAGCUACUCCAAUGAGCUCCUCCAGUAAGUUAGAUAAAGAUGAUGGUGGUCAAAGUGUUAACAUCACAGCAUAUAGAGGUCUCAUUGGAUCUCUUCUCUACCUCAAUGUUAGCAGGCCAGACAUCCAAUUUUCUAUUGGAGUUUGUGCAAGGUUCCAGGCUAAUCCUAAACUCUCUCACUUUACUACUGUUAAACGCAUUCUGAAAUAUUUGAAGGAAAUUCAAAAUGGUGCAAAAUUAAUAGAAAGAGUCACUAGUGGAACUUGCCAAUUCCUUGGAGUUCGUCUUAUCUCAUGGUUCGGCAAGAAGCAGACGUCGGUUGCUACGUGUACAGCUAAAGCAGAGUACCUUGUUGUCCUUUAA